AUGCCACACCGACAGCCCCAUCAUCAUGCGGCCCAGCUGCGUAGCCUCUUGACAUCCCUCCUCCUCCUCACCCCGCCCCAACUCACACCCACCCAGAUCUCACCAGACCUGCACAUGCGCCAACGCAUGCUCUCCCUCCCCCCUCAGCCACCACACGCCUAUGACCUUCCCGAAACCGACUCCUUCUCCACCAGCAGCCUGUCAGCGGCAUCGGACGACGACCGCACAGCAUCGCAACACGAUUUUGUGUCCUGGCUUUCGCGUCCACCCGUCGAGCUAGCUAUCUCGACGAUCGAUGUCGAAGCAACUGCACACGGCUUGUUCACCAGACGCUUGACAGCGUUGCGUGUUGCAGAGCAGGGCGAAAUGGAUCCGAUCGAUUUGUGCGACUAUGAGGUGCUCUGUUGCGAUGCAUGGCACGAUCACCGACGGCUGUUGGUCAGGUUUCCGACUAGUGAAGGAGGCGAGGAUGGGUUGUAUAUGAUGGUUACCGUGGGUGAGGAGGGCGACAUGCGACUGGACAACCUGUUUGCGACCGAGCGGACCGUCGUACAUGAAAAAGGAUUGCAUCGCUGCACAAUAGCAUGCACUCCGAGUAUGACGUCAAAUGCGGCGAUGGAAGAAGAGCAGGAUGAGGAUCAAGGAGCAGAGUACAUCAACGAUGCGGAUGAUUUCUGGGCUGGAUUCUCGGAUGAUGAAGAUGCGGAGGCAAAGAAAAACGUGGAGACAACAGGAUCUUUUGCGGUCGAUACGAGGUCAAUGCACGAACAGGGAACGACGGACCAAGAGACGGCAAUCAGGGACAUCAUUCGCGGCGCCUACACCCUGCAUCGCUCAAUACGGUCACCCAGCACCGACUCGGUAGAAGACUUCAUUCGACUCGUCAAAACUUCCAUCGCAACCUCCUAA